ACCAUUUAUUUCUCUAUUUAUACAGCACCCGGAGCAGAGAAGCCUUGGUGUAUGUGGGAGCACCUUGGUGAUACCACAGCAUAAAUUACUGAUUUCCAAAACUAAAAUACCUUUUACUGCCAGACUCUUGGAAUGUCUUUUUUUUUUUUCCCUUCUGUUGAAGAAAAAUGCCUUUUUUGAGAGGGAAAGCACAGACUGUCUUGGGCCCUGUGGAGCCAGACCACCUUGGCUAUACAUUGACUCAUGAACACUUGACUAUGAACUACAGCAGCUGUUUUUGUCCACCUUCUCCAGGCCAAGAGCCUCUGUCUGAUGGGCCCAUUGAGAUGAAGAACUUGUUUUGGAUUAAGCAAAAUCCCUACAGCCAUAAAGAAAACCUUCUUUUGUAUCAGGAAACAGAUGCUGUGAAGGAGGAGCUGUUGCAUUUUAAAGCAGCAGGUGGUGGGACGAUUGUGGAAAACACAACCACAGGAAUUGGUCGGGAUAUGAAUACUUUGAAGAAACUUGCUGAAGAAACUGGAGUCCAUAUUAUUGCUGGGGCUGGGUUUUAUGUGGAUUCCACUCAUUCUUCUCAAACACAGUCUAUGACAGUGGAGCAGCUUACAGGCAUUAUUGUUGAUGAGAUACUCAAUGGAGCAGAUGGGACUAACAUCAAAUGUGGUGUAGUGGGAGAAAUAGGUUGCUCCUGGCCUUUGACUCAGAGCGAACACAGAGUGCUUCAGGCAACAGCACAGGCUCAGUCACAGCUUGGGUGCCCCGUGAUCAUCCAUCCUGGCAGGAACAGCGAUGCACCAUUCCAGAUUAUCCGCAUUCUGCAGGAAGCUGGGGCUGAUGCUUCGAAGACAGUCAUGUCUCACCUCGACAGGACCAUAUUUGAUACAAAGAAACUUCUGGAAUUUGCUAAACUUGGAUGCUAUUUAGAGUAUGACCUAUUUGGCACAGAAUUUCUUCAUUACCAGUUCCAUCCUGAUAUUGACAUGCCAAGCGACAAUGAAAGAAUUGCAAGGAUUCGUAUGCUGAUCGAUGAAGGCUAUGAAGACAGAAUUCUGAUUGCUCACGAUGUGCACACUAAGAACAGGUUGAUGAAAUAUGGAGGGCAUGGAUAUUCACAGCGAUCAUGUGAAGCUUCAUGCACACCAGCUUCUUUUUGUAAGGAUGCAACACCAAAAGUCAAAAUGUAUUACAUAAUACUGUUUUAAUGAGUUGUAAUAGUUAUAACAAAGGUUGUGAUAUAAGUCUUUACAAACCAGUAUAUCAAGAUAUGAUGGAAAUGGAAGAAAUGUUUGCCUUAUAUGUGUUUUUCACAUAAAGUGUGUUCUUUGCUCUCGUCUAACUUUAACCAGGGCAGGUGAUUUAUCCAAAAAAUUGUCUUAUCCAGUAGCAGCAGUAGCCUGAUUUCAAAAGCUUCUUCAAAUUUGACCGUAUACACCUUGUACUAUUUAGCUUUUCCAAUAAAUACCAUAGUAAAUAUGCAUUGCUAGUUGUAAGUGAUCUCUAGUUGUUACAUUACUGUUUGAUACUACAUAGAAAAACGCUAGCUACACUGCUGUUGUGAGUGUGCUAACCAAUAGAAGCAACAGUGGAAUGAACAGACAUGAAGUCAGUUACACAUCUGUUACUAAAAUACAUUACCUUGUAGAAAAAAAACCAAAACAGGAUUAACCACUACAAUGUACGGAUAUAGGUUGGCACUUCGCCAUAAAGUAAAAGCGUUAAUCAUUCUGGUGAGAUGAUACACAAGCAACUGGCAGCACAAUGUCCCUUUAUAAAUCCUAGAUGAGUUAGACUGGCGAUCCUCUCAGCCAGCCUGGACUAACUCAGCAUUUAUUUUGAAUCAGACGACUCAAAACAGAAACAGAAAGAGUAACACAUUCUGUUUAAGAAAAGCUUCACUCAUUCAAAAAAGAGAUUUUUAGAUAGAUUCGUAAAAUCUUCAUCAGACUUUUACUGAGCAGCCAGCACUGAAGAGCUUUUUUGUCACAGUGGUAGACACGUUUGACAUUUUAGUGCAGAUAAAUCUGAGUUUGUACCCUUGGUACAUUAGACAAGGUUGCUCGUGGCAAAGUACAUGAAAUAGAAAUGCUAGGGGUAGCCUCUAUUACUCCUUCACAAUUUAUAGAAAUGUUAAAAAUAAAUAAUAUAACCAACUGUGCUAAGCAGCUAGCUAGUUAUCCUGAUAAAAUUUAGACUUAGAAUGAAAUCUGCAAGUUUUUGACCUGAGAGAAAUAGACAGCCUCCCCUCCCAAAACAAAUAAUAAAUCAAUUUUCUGAAUGAAAAUAUUUUGUAGACAUUACUGGUACGACUAAUUUUAAAGCAUUUUUAUAACUAUGUAACUCAUAGUACCUGUGUUUAGUUUAAUUCUCCAAGCCAUUAAUCCUUUAUAUGGAUUAAACUUCUUUGAGACUUUAUAUAUAUCUCUCUAUAUAUAUGAACGAGAAAAAUAGGUUUUAAUACACACUUCUUUUUUUUUUUGCAUGUAAAUAUCUGCUUCUUUCUUUGCAUAUGUGUUAUCAUUUUUGGUAAUAUGCUUAUCUGUGUCCAUUUCAUAGGCACGCCUUACUACAAACUGGUAACUAACUACCAUGGAAAAGGUCUGUGUGACACCAUUUUCUCACGUGUCAGAUCUCCCACUCCUCUUUUGUGGGAAUAAUCCCACUGUGAGACAAGACACCUAAGACAAAUAAGGUUUUGACCCAUUACAUUCCUACGAAAUUCUAGUUGAACAUCUGCAGUAAGUCAUAACUAUUUUAUUAAAAAUAGUACCCAAGUACAGACUAAGUGCUAAAAGACUAAUGAAGACUAACUGCUGCAAAGAAAACACUCUACCUUAGUCUGAGGAUAUGGAUGCCAGGCUUGCUAAAUAUUUACACAACUAUCCAUCAAGAAUGGGCCUGUAAUAAUUGUCUAAAUAUAUAUUUACACAUUUACAAAUUAAAAGCCAAAUCCUUUUUCCAAAUCCUAGUAUCAGUGGGAGUUUUGCCAUUGGCUUUGGUGGAAUCAGGGAUUUGGUCCAAUAGAACAGUUUGACAACUGUUAGAUUUUUCAGGAAAAAAAAAAA